GGUUCUGACUUGGCUUUCACAUGCGUUGAUUUCGGAAUGCAACAGCUACGUGGUAAUAAUGUAGUUACUUGUAAAAAUGGACACUGGUCAUCGAAGUUACCCAAAUGCAUAGCACUCGAUCCAUUGAAUCGAUUUGAUGGUUCACCACCAAUAAAGUUUAAAUUAGAACAAGGAUCACAUGCAGUAACACCAAUCGGUGAACUCAUCAUCAACAGUUCAUCAACACUGCAUCUUUACUGUCUGUUCCCACGUAAGAAAGGGCAACCCGUUUGGGAGAUUUCGUCGAAAUAUCGCUAUUAUCCUCGAUCAUGGACCAAAUAUACUGUCCCGCAACUUCAAGAUGUUGAUGCUUAUGAGUUAACGGUAUCUGCUGCACAACCAGAAGAUGGCGGAUUCUUUCACUGUGUGGCGCCAAACGGACGACGAACCACACUUAAAAUCAUCAUAAAAGAACAGCCUUCAGAUGUCACUUGUGAACCGUUUAAAAAUGUGUCCAAUCUGCGUGUGUUUUUUGCGAGUCGCCAUCAUUAUAUCGGUACAACGGCACAGUUUUCUUGUGCAAACGGCUAUCGUGUUGAUGGUGCACAAUCGGCGAUGUGUCUCUCGAAUGGAAAAUGGUCACAUGAUCCUCCAAAAUGUCAAGCAUUACAGUGUCCACCGAUAGUACUGCGGGAUCAAGCAUUGUUGGCAACGGUGACGUCCUAUAAGCAUGGCGGUAUGGCGCAUUUUUCAUGUCUACCAACCUAUUCGCUCAUCGGUAAUGAAUACGCACAGUGUGGCGCAUCUGCGAAAUGGUCUGACCGUAUUCCAAAGUGCAAAUUGAUCACUUGUGGGAAAGCACCAGUACCAAGAAACGGGGACAUAAUUGGCGGUUCGAAGACGAGUUACAACGUACAAGAAGUGGUGGUAUUCGAGUGUAAACAUGGCUACAUGCUUACGGGUCAUGAUUACACCGUAUGUCAAUCAAACGGCAAUUGGUCUACGCUUAACACUCAGUGUGUGCCAUACUGUCGAUUUCCCGGCAAACCGGAGCACGGCGACAGUACGUCACCUGCUCGACCGUACUAUUUAGCGGGUGAGAAGGUGGUCUACUACUGCACAUCGGUAGAGUAUCGACUGAACGCAGAAAAUGUUCUCGAAUGUUUACCAUCCGGGCAAUGGUCUCGUAAUGUUCCACUUUGUCUACCAAUUAACACCAAGCACUCUUCAUAA